UACUGGAAUAUCUCUGAGGCCGAUAAAUCAGUUAUUUGGCUGUGCGCGUAGCAGAAAAAACCUGAUUGAGAAGAAAACGGGUGGGCCCCCACGGGUCAGCCCCGCCCGUCCCUCUCCACUGAUCCUCUUCGCUCGCCCACUCUCCGCUGGAGUGCCCCCUUUCCUGCUGCUGCCCCCGUUGGCUUGCCACGCACGAGCGAGAUAAGGAGAGAGAGACGAUCGAGCAGCUAGCGGCCGGAGCCCGGAGGUGUGUGUGCCUGUCCGUGUUUGUGGGGAGGGAUCGAUGGCGCGGCGCGGGCGGGUGGAGCUGCGGCGGAUCGAGGACCGGACGAGCCGGCAGGUGCGCUUCUCCAAGCGCCGGGCGGGGCUCUUCAAGAAGGCCUUCGAGCUCGCCGUCCUCUGCGACGCCGAGGUCGCGCUGCUCGUCUUCUCCCCCGCCGGCAGGCUCUACGAGUACGCCUCCUCAAGGGACGUCGCCCGGAUGGUAUCCACAAGCAGCAUCCCCAUGAUGGCAUUCAACUCCCACCAAAGUAUGUGUGGUGCCCUCCAAAGUGGGGAUGCCUUGUUACUGCAAGUAAUCGGAAACGCAACACAAGGUGCGGGGGGAUCCAACAUGGAAGGCGACCUUGCCUCCCAAGACGACAUCCACGAGGCAAUGCGCCAUCCAUCCAAGUUGAGCAUAGAAGGUACAUAUGACCGCUAUCAGAGAUUUGCGGGAGGCAGAUGGAAUCUGAAUGAUGGAGAUUCAAGUAGCAACAAUGAUGAAGAUCCUUCAAACAUACAAUCAAGACUUGGAGAGAUUGCCUCCUGGUCUCUUCAAAACAAUGCUGACGACUCAGAUGCUAAUAAGCUAGAGAAAUUGGAGACACUCCUCAAAGAUGCUUUGAGGAAUACAAAAUCCAAGAUAUUGGCAAAACGAAACAGCGGCGCCAGCACGAGCGGGAGUGGUGAGAACUCCAGUGAGCCUAAGGGACAGGAGGGAGGAAGGGCUUGAGCAGUCCUGUGCUUUGCUGCAUGCAUUUGGUACAAGUAAAAACCCUUUCCCCUGCAACUGGGCAGGAAAGGCAAGGCAUACUGCUUUCUACUACAAGAUGUAAGGAGGAGAGGGGCAAACUCAAUAAAAGGGUGGUGGGCAAACACUGAUAUUGUGUCCUUGGCUAGAUCCUUGCUUAUAAAUGAAGGAGACUUGGUGCAUGCCAUGAUGGUUUUACCAUGUGCCUUCCCAGGAUAUAUGCAUGAUGCUUUAUGUGACCCUACCAAAUCUGCAGUCCUCACUCCUGUUUGUCAUAUGCAACUGAAUGGAAAUCAGUUUAUGUGGAUGCACUAUAUAUAACCUAAUGCAUAUGUUACUCCUUCAGUUGUUUUCAGCA